GGCAGCCACCCAUGCUGCGCAGGGCGGUCGCCGCGGAGGCGCGGAGGCGCAUCUCCGUUGCCCCGGCGAGACUCGCGCACGAGCUCGCGCAGCCUCAGGCCCAGUCGGCAGAUUCCGAUAGGCGCGGCUUUGAGCCGUCGUGGGUCCCGCUGUACAAGAGGAUCUCGAAGGUGUCCGACGGCAGACCGCCGGGGAUAGUGGCGGCGGAGAUGGACGAAUGUCUCCGGCAGAGGUCCCGGCUCUCGCGGCAACAGAUCCUCGCGUACGUCCGCGAACUAACCAGGUUUAAGAAGAACGAGGGCGCGCUCGAGUUGCUGGACUGGAUGGAAGCUCGUGGAGCAAACUUGAGUCCUGGCCAUCAGGCAGUGCGGCUUGACCUCGUUUCAAAAGUACAUGGGAUACAGGCAGCUGAAGAAUAUCUCUGGAGCCUUCCAGAUAUAUCUAAGUCAGUAAAAACUUAUUCCUGUUUGCUUAACUGCUAUGGUCAACACGGGUUGGCAUACAAAGGUCUGGAGCUCUAUAUCACAAUGAAUGACCUGGACACUGCGGAGAAGAUCCUGGAAGAAUUGCAGAAGGUGGCUCCAGUUCACUGGUCCUUGUACACUCUAAUGGCAAACAAUUACAUUAAACUAGAGCUGCUGGCAAGGCAGAAGUUGCCCUAA